UCUGAAUUCGAUGUUUUUAUUUUGUACAUCGCUAACAGGCAAAGUGUUGCUCGAUUUCUUGAUCCCAAUAAGAGUGCGGUAACAAAUAACAAUGCAAAAGAAGCCGCUAAAGGCAAACACAUUGCUGGACAAAUUGCACCGUGGCGCUGUCUACGCCUGCAUCGGAGUUACCUUAUAUGGCACCUAUCUGAUUGGCAUGCGCUAUUACCACUACUACACUGUGAUACGGCCAGAGAAGCAGCAAGCGGAGCUGAAGCUCCUCGAUGAGGGCGCCCAUGACAAGGCCAAGGAGCUUAAAUACUAAAAACGCAUGUCCCCCACACAGUCACAUGUGCAUCGUUUUUCUUAUUUGUAAUGUUUGUUAAGCGUAAUAAAUAGUUUCGAGAUGA